CACACUUUUCCAUUCAUGACCCAAUUUUCUAUAACUCAAUCCAUCUUUCGUUUAGAUUAUCUUGUGUCCCUUUAUGUAUUUCUGUUCUGGUGGGGCUUUUCUUGCACAUUCACUAAAGUUUGGUUCUUAACCAGUUUAUGUUUGGCAGAAAUAGGAACUUCAUGGCCUAUUCUUCUCGGUGGCCGAGCACAUUGGACUGUGGGUCUUGUGGCAACCUUGAUUUCUAUUAGCAGCAUAAUUGCAGCCGAUACUUAUGCUUUUUUAGGUGGAAAGACAUUUGGUCGGACACCACUGACUAACAUUAGCCCUAAGAAGACAUGGGAAGGAGCUAUUGCGGGCUUAGGUGGCUGUAUAGCCACUGCACUCAUAUUAUCAAAAAUUCUGCACUGGCCAACAUCUUUACUGAGUGCUGCAGCUUUUGGAUUCUUGAAUUUUAUGGGAUCUCUUUUUGGUGAUCUUAUCGAGUCGAUGAUUAAACGUGAUGCUGGUGUCAAGGACUCUGGGUCCCUCAUUCCUGGACAUGGUGGAAUACUUGACAGGCUGGACAGCUACGUGUUCACUGGUGCACUUUCAUACUCUUUUGUCAAAACAUUCCUACCACUUUAUGGAGUUUGAAUCUUAAAACCCCAUCAUUGGCCACAGAAAAUAAGAAAACGGGGGAAAUUCCUUAUUCUUCCAUUUUGGAAAUUGAGGCACAUGUGCAGAAGGCGGGGAACAUAGGAUUAAUUAUAAAUUUAUCAUCUCAGUGAAGGAAACUGGAUUUAGGGUUAUAUCUUCACCAGAUUUGGCAACAUCUCCGUAAAAUCCCUGGUCCGGAGAACUGGAGUCACCUCACUUGCAUUAUUCUUGCAGGUAAGAUGGGCAAUACUUGGAUUCAAGGUACCUCUUGGGGAAACUGAGCGAAGAAAUUGAAUUCUUCAGCAUGGAUGGGUCUGUCUGGGGUACAAUUGCUUCUUGGGGAAAUGGCUGUACUAAUGGUGAAACAAAUAUGUGACAAGAUUUCCUAUUCUGUUUUUGAACAUGAAUGUUUUAGUUAUUCAAUUUACAGUUCACCUCAGUAUAUAUUACAUGUUCUGAAUGCAAUAGACAUUAAGAUUUUCAAUUGUGUAAUUUGCCAUUUGGCCCAAGGUGGCAAAACAAGAUUCAUUUUUCGAAGCA